AUGGAUAGAUACAAUCAGGACAGCGGCACUUCGUCGCUCACAAUAGAUGCUCCUGAAACUUCGCCUCUUCUGAGCCUCUUCCACCCAAAUAACGGCUUGGGCACAGGUUCGAACUACACCCACGACUCUGGCGGCUUCUAUCCCGCCAGCGGGUCAAUUUUUACACCAGAUGGCAGGUUGCGUCUGAAUUCAAACACUACACCAUCGACUGGCAUGGCACAUGUUCAUCUUCACAAUCACCGUACAACCCUGCCCCAUCUGGGCCCUCAUAUCAACUCUCGAGAUCAGUUUCCCAACUCAGUCGCACCGUAUAGGCGAGUGUCAGACCAAUUUGCGCGAUCACCGUCCUUCCCGGAUUCAAGAAGACAACAGCUAGCUGGUUCACAAAACCCGUUGACGGCCUACACGCCUCCUGCCACAAGGAUGGAUUCGCACCAGUACACGCACAGAGCGGGAGCUCAGAACGAAGUUCCGCCACUUCUCCCGAUGGAAAUGCUGGGAACCUUGCAGUAUAUUGACCCAAACAUGACAACCAUCAAGCCAGACAUUUCAGGCGUCAUCGACAAGGGACCGUUCCUGUCCUCAGACCGCGAGUGGACCUGCUACAGGCGGAACUAUCUGGCCUGCAUUUGCUCCUUCAGCCUCAGUCCCAGUUAUCCUGGGGCCGGAAUUCAAUUCACGCCGACGCCCAUGUCUGGAACAAGCACAACGCAAACUUUUCAAGUUUACGGAUUUGCCAUGUGCAUUUCGGCUGUAGUUGCGGACAAUGAGCAACACAGCAUUGAACUCGUCCAGCAUACGCCAAAGAGAGACAAGGGGCCAAUAUCCAAACCAAACAAGACUCUUAUUGCGCCCAAGACGAGCGCAACUCCACAUACUACUUCGCUUAACUUAUACGGGGAUGGCUCAGGCCUUUCAAGCUCCAGAAGCCUCUACGCGGACGGAUUCGGGGCUCAGCCAACCGUUGGCCAACAGGUGCCAACCGAACACACGUUUGAGCGUAUCCAAUUCAAACAGGCGACACAGAACAAUGGAAAGAGAAGGGCAGCGCAACAGUACUAUCAUCUAGUGGUCGAAUUAUGGGCAGACGUUGGAACUCAAGGCAGUGAGCAGUUCGUCAAGGUGGCAUUUCGGAAGUCGGCGAAGAUGAUUGUUCGGGGCAGGUCGCCAGGCCAUUAUCAAAACGAACGACGCAACAGCCAGGGAAACGGCACAGGAGGUGCUUCUGGCAGCGGAGGAUUCCGAGGAAUGGGCCCAAUGGGGGAUUUUGGCAACGGCUCUGGUAUGGCUGGAGCUGGCCUUGGAGGCUACAACUCCGGAUACGACAGUCGUGGCACCAAUUACAACAACGUCAGGCACCAAGAAAUGUCCCCAGAGAGCAUAUUUUCUUCGAAUGACGACCGGCCUUCUAACAAGGCAUAUUCUUACUAUACCGGGGGAGCAGGGUCAUCCUCGUCGUAUGAAAACCACAACGACCGGGUGGACUUGUUUGGUCACAGAAAUGGCACCGACACGUUGCAUUCAAAUCUCCCCAACAACGCCACCAACGACCGAAAGGUCAAGCCCGAGUUCGAUUUCAACAUGCUGCCCAGUCCUUUCAGUGGGGGAGCACGGGCCGACGAUCACCACCGAGAACGUUUUGAUAGCCGGCCCAGUCCCGGUGGCUUCUACCCGUCUAUUGUAACUCCAACCGGACUGGGGGCACUUUAG